AGGAUAAUAAGGUGUUCAAUUUGAUUACGCCCAUGAAAUGUUAUCCUCUUCCUCAUCUUCUAUCCUUUACACAGGCGGCCUACCAAUCAUCAAACGCCGAUCAAUUUCUCCAUCUGUCUUCAAGGAAGAUCAUCAAUGUGUGCUUCCCGAUCAACUCCCUUCUCUAAUCGACAAAUGCAAAUCCCUCACUCAACUCCUCCAAAUCCACGCUUCCCUCAUUCGUCGAGGUCUCGACCACCAUAAUCAACUUCUCACCUUCAAACUUCUCCGCUCUUACUCAUCUCUCGGCCGCCUCCACUAUUCGAUUUCCCUAUUCGAUCAAACCCAAAACCCAGAUGUCUUUUUCUACACCGCUAUUAUUCAUGCCCAUUCCUUAAACAAUCUCCAUAGUCAAGCCUUCAAUUUCUAUGUCCGGAUGCUGAGAGAUGGGAUUGAACCAACCGAAUAUACAUUCUCCUCUGUUCUUAAAUCCUGUCCCUUUCGUGCUGGAAAAGAGAUACAUGCUCAGGCGAUUAAAUUUGGUGUGGUAUCGAAAUCAUCGAAUAUGUAUGUUGUCACAGCUCUGGUUAAUGUCUAUGGUAAAGGAGGUGACUUGGAGUCCGCACGCCAACUGUUUGAUAAAAUGCCUGAUAGGAGUUUAGUUUCAUUAGCGGCUAUGAUUUCAAUUUAUGCGAAACAUGGGGAUGUAGAUCUUGCAUGGAAACUGUUUGAUGAAAUGCCGGAGAAGGAUGUUGUGUGUUGGAAUGUGAUGAUUGAUGGGUAUGCACAACAUGGAAGACCGAAUGAAGCUUUGGAGCUUUUCAGGAAAAUGUUAAUGGAUCAAAUGAGGCCAAAUGAAGUCACUAUUGUUGCAGUCUUAUCUGCUUGUGGGCAGCUUGGUGCACUUGAAUCGGGUAAAUGGAUUCAUUCUUACAUUAUGAAUAACAAAGUUCAUUUAAAUCUUCAAGUGGGUACUGCCUUAGUAGAUAUGUAUAGCAAAUGUGGAAGUUUAGAAGAUGCCACGAUCGUGUUUGAUACUAUCGAUAACAAGGAUGUUGUUGCAUGGAAUUCCAUGAUUCUUGGAUUCGCAAUGCACGGUUUUCUUAAGGAUGUUUUUCGUAUGUUUGUCGACAUGACCCGGAUAGGUAUUCGUCCAACCGACAUUACGUUCAUUGGAAUCUUGAAUGCCUGCGCCCAUUCUGGCGCAGUCUCUGACGGGUGGAAGUUUUUCCGGAUGAUGAAGGACAAAUACAAAAUUGAACCUAAAAUAGAGCAUUAUGGAUGUAUGGUCAAUUUGCUGGGACGAGCAGGGCAUCUUGACGAAGCAUUUGAACUCGUAAAAGGUAUGGACAUCGAACCGGAUCUUGUCUUAUGGGGAACAUUACUUAAUGCAUGUAGGAUCCAUCACAAAAUCGGUUUGGCUGAAGAAAUUUUGAAGAAUCUCGGAAACUCGUCAUCAGGUUCGUAUAUUAUGAUGUCGAACAUGUACGCCUCGUCAGGAAAUUGGGACGAAGUUGCACGAACAAGAGCUGCGAUGAAAGGAAAUGGGAUUGUUAAAGAGCCCGGUUGUACUUCUAUCGAAGUGGGAAACAAGGUUCAUGAGUUUGUUGCGAGUGAUACGAGACACCCGAAAAGAAAAGAGAUAUAUGAGAUGAUCGAGGAGAUGAAUGGAUGGUUGAAGGGUUUUGAUGAAUAUUCACCAAAGACGGAGAUAGUAUUGCACAAUAUUGAUGAAACGGAGAAGAGACGUUCGCUUGAAGUUCAUAGCGAAAAGCUUGCAAUUGCGUUCGGGCUUAUUAGCACUGAGCGAGGAACUACAAUCAAGAUUUUUAAGAAUCUCAGAGUGUGUUCGGAUUGCCAUGAUGUAACGAAGAUACUAUCGAAGAUCACAGGCAGGGAGAUUAUUGUAAGGGAUCGAAGUCGUUUCCAUCGAUUUGAAAAUGGAUUAUGUUCUUGUGGGGAUUAUUGGUGAAAUAAGAAAGAUUAUUUAUUUUUAUUUAGA